AGGUUACUGGGAGAGGGCGCCACCAGAUAUGACGGCUUUUGUCGGGGAGCGAGCGGUUAGGCGGUGGUGGAGAUGAGGGAUGCUCUCGGCUGCGAUGGAUUACCUGAGAUCGUGCUGGGGCCCCGCGUCGUCGCCGGACGGGCGCCCCCGCAAGGGGGUGGAUGCGGCCGGCCGGCAGGAAGGGCUGCUGUGGUACAAGGACGCGGGGCAGCUCGUCGCCGGCGAGUUCUCCAUGGCCGUCGUCCAGGCCAAUAACCUGCUGGAGGACCACAGUCAGGUGGAAUCCGGCCCGCUCACAACCAACGAUUCUGACCUGCAGGGAACCUUCGUCGGCGUCUAUGAUGGGCACGGUGGCCCGGAGACGGCGCGCUACAUCAAUGACCACAUGUUCAACCAUCUCAAGGAAUUUGCAUCUGAGCAAAAGUGCAUGUCAGUGGAAGUGAUUCGGAAGGCUUUCCGAGCAACUGAAGAUGGAUUUCUCUCUCUAGUUAGUAGUCAGUGGUCUAUGAGGCCUCAAUUAGCGGCUGUAGGAUCUUGCUGUCUAGUUGGUGUCAUUUGUGCUGGAACUCUCUAUAUUGCAAACGUUGGGGACUCACGUGCUAUUCUUGGGAGACUUGUCAAGGGAACUGGAGAGGUUAUUGCAAUGCAGCUCUCAGCGGAACAUAAUGCAUCAUUUGAGGAGGUUAGGCGAGAGAUGCAGGCAAUGCAUCCUGAUGAUCCCCACAUUGUGGUUUUAAAGCACAAUGUAUGGCGUGUGAAGGGUAUUAUACAGAUAACAAGGUCCAUUGGAGAUGUAUAUCUGAAGAGACCCGAGUUCAACAGAGAACCUUUGCAUAGCAAGUUUCGUCUUCCAGAAACUUUUCGGAGACCACUUCUUAGUUCUGAGCCAGCAAUUACUGUACACCCAAUACAGUUAACUGAUCAGUUCAUCAUUUUUGCAUCGGAUGGACUCUGGGAGCAUCUUAGUAAUCAGAAAGCAGUUGAACUAGUCCACAGUAGUCCUCGCAAUGGGAUUGCUCGGAAGCUAGUGAAGACUGCAAUGCAGGAAGCAGCAAAGAAGAGGGAGAUGCGGUAUUCGGAUCUCAAGAAAAUUGACCGCGGAGUAAGGCGCCACUUCCACGAUGAUAUAACCGUCGUCGUGGUAUUUUUCGAUUCGAAUUCGAUAGCCAUGGACAACUGGAGCAGACCCACGGUGUCCCUCCGAGGUGGCGGCGUUGCCCUACCUGCGAAUUCCCUUGCUCCAUUAUCAGUUCCUAGCUCUUUCUGAGACUUACUGGAGUAUGAAGACACGGAGACAAAAAGGAAGAGCAGCAGCCACGAUCAACUGUAGCGUGUUUCCUCUGCAUUCUCGCAAAAAAAGAAACUUUUAGAUUCAAACGUGGUUACUAGUGUACUGAUAGCAAGGUAUAAGAUUAGAUUAUUCUUAGUGUACAUUCUCGGAAUCGUCUUGUGAUAAUAGUUCAUCGCAUCACCACUUGAUCUUUGUUCAGAUCCGUUACAAAGUGCUGUUUCUUUUUGCCACCUCAAGGCUAAUCUUGGACAUGUAGCAGGUUGCUUGCUUGAUGCUCAAUCUGCUGAUCUUUUAUCA